AUCAGUUUCUUAGACAAAUGAACCUUGAUGACAUUUACAAUUGGUAUAGACUCUCUUAAUAUUGAAAUUAGGAUUCUUUAACAUCCAUAAAACUAUCCUGGGAAACAAUAGGAAUCAUAACCCAGAACUGUGUAAUCUUACAAGCCUCUUGAACCUAAAGCUUAAUUCCACAUAAUUAUUAAGGCUACUGCUGAAUACAUCAAAGAAAAAAUGCUUAAUGGAAAUGUAAUAUUAAAUAUUAUGUAAAAGGGAGUAAAUAUGAAAGAGUUGGGAGCAUUUACAAUGGAAGUCAUUUCUGAUUAUGUGAAACCUCUCCAACAUUCAGGAUUCAAUAUGACACAAGACUUAGCCAUCCAAAGAGCUGAUAGAAAACAUAUUCAUUAAAUUAGGUACUUUUAUUUUUUUUAAUUAUUAUAGGCCUUGUUUUGUUCCUGACAAUGCAUUCAAAUAUUUUUUAGCUCGUUAUCCAGGCAAAGAAGAAAUUACAAAACCAUUGAGUCAACAUUCUAUUUAUUAAAAGGGAUUUGGAAUGAACUUCUGUAAUGCUGGUCCAAUAGCAGCAUCAAGGUUAGUAAUUAUUAAUAUUGAUUUAGUUAUCUUGGUAAAGAUGUUGUACAAUCUGUUCAUUCAUCUUUGAUUAAAGCUAUACAUGAUCUUACUAGAUUAGGACAUGAUCUAAAUAUUGAUUUCGGAUUUAUUAAGAUAUCUGUUUAAAAUAGAGAUUUAAAAUAUAAAUAUGAUUAAUCUUUUAUUUAGAGACUUAACUAAACAGAUUAUGAAUUAAAAGUAUCUAAAUAAUAUAUUGAAGAUGCGUAAAUCAGAUUUGGGAACAUCAUAACAUUGGACUACUACCUAUUAAGAGAAAUGGUCAAAGAGCACGUAUAAAUUAUGAUAGAUCAUAUAUAGAUUAAAUAAUUUAUUGACUAGACCAAACCCAAAUUAGGUAUAAGACAAUUAUGAGAAAUCUAUGGCAUUGAAGAUAAUGUCAUUAGAUUUAAAUACAGCUGAACAUACCAAUUAUAGUAAAAAGCAAAAAGUUUAAUUACCAACACUUAAUAAAUGA